UCCCUAUUAAUUUCUUCUAAAAACACAUCAUUAGUUUAAAGUGUUGUCUCCACUCAUCAUCACCACCCACAAAGCAACACAACAUAUGCAUUAACAGGGUUUUUUGGUCAUUGAGAUCCUCAUUAUUCGCAUUUUACUACUUCUUUCUUCUUGUUGUCAUUUUUGUAUAUUAGUUAGCUCUCUCUCUCUCCCUCUCUCUCCUCACUUUCUCUCUCUCUCUAUUGUUCCAUUCAAAUUCAAUUUCAAUCCUCUCUCCUCUUUAUUCCAUCACUAUCUAAUCUUUUACAUCUCUGUAACUCUCUCUCUCUCUCUCUCUUGAUGUUAAUCAAUACUACCAAACCUGGUCAAUCUUUGAUUCUUCCUUCUAGAAAUUGUGAUUCCAUUUGAUUCUUUCCCUCCGUGUUGUGUCUACCGAUCCACUUUUCUGGCAAAACCCUAGUUUUUGGGCUCCUUGUUCCAUCGAUCACUGCUCGGAUUUCAGCAACUGAGAUCUGAAUCAAUUAUGAUCUCAUUUUGAAUCUGAAUAAUGUAUUUUCGUUCGAUUCUGAUUAGACGUCUCGAUCUUUGGGUUGUUUCGGAUUCCAAAACGUUGACUUGGGAGCGAAUUGAAGUUCUGAAAGGACAAACUCGAUCCUUUGACGACACAAGGUAUAGGAGAUUGAUUCUGUGAUAACUGCUUGUUAACACACACAUAUAUAUUCGUUCGGUGGAUUUUGCUGAACUUGAAUAAAAGUAUAUAUUUACACACACAUACACACAUAUAUACUUUUUUUUGGUUGUGGAAUUGAGAUAAAGGCGAUGACGAGGAGUAGGGGGGAGAGAGAAGACUUGGAGAAGUCUGUGGGUACUGUUUCAAAGGACUCAACGCUUGGACUUCUGAGGGUUCUAACAGUUCUCAUCAUUUUUGUUGUGGGUGUGGUUAUUGGGUUGACAUCAAGUUCGCAUAUCAAUCGAUAUUUUAACAUACAAGCAGAUCAUUUUAUCAUGAAUCGUGCAGUGGCUCCGUUGCUUCCGUUGCCAAAUUGUACAGACAAUUGUGAGAAGGUGGAUUGCUUAAGCAUGGAGAGCUAUUUGCGCCCGAAAGCUGUGACUCAUAGUUUAUCGGACGAAGAACUGUUUUGGAGAGCUUCAAUGGUGCCCAAGAAGGUGGACUAUCCAUACACUAGAGUGCCCAAAGUGGCUUUCAUGUUCUUGACCAGGGGACCACUGCCACUGUUGCCAUUGUGGGAGAGAUUCUUCAAAGGACAUGAGAAGCUAUUCUCCAUUUAUGUGCAUGCAGCCCCAGGGUAUGAGCUUAAUGUGAACAGUACCUCCCCUUUCUACAAUCGCCAGAUCCCUAGUCAGAAAGUUGACUGGGGAACAAUAUUACUGGCAGACUCGGAGAGGCGCCUUCUAGCCAAUGCCCUGCUUGACUUCUCAAAUGAGCGGUUUGUUCUUCUAUCGGAGAGCUGCAUCCCAGUCUACAACUUCCAAACUGUCUACAAAUAUCUCAUCGAAUCUACCUACAGCUUCGUUGAGUCAUAUGAUGAUCCCUCCCGUAAUGGACGUGGCCGCUACAGUCGCCGCAUGAAACCUGAUAUCCAGCUUUCUGAUUGGCGCAAGGGCUCCCAGUGGUUUGAGCUGAACCGGACAGUAGCUGUCAUAGUAGUUUCAGACACGAAGUACUACACCCUUUUCAGGAAGUAUUGUUUGCCUGCUUGCUACCCAGACGAGCAUUACCUUCCAACUUACCUGCACUUGUUCUACGGACCUAUGAAUGCAAAUCGAAGCGUGACUUGGGUCGACUGGUCAUUGGGAGGCCCGCACCCUAAAAAGUUUGAGAAAGUGAAUGUUACAGAAAGCUUUAUCCAGUCCAUAAGAAAUAAUGGGACACGUUGUUCUUAUAAUGAGAAGAAAACACAUGUUUGUUACCUCUUUGCUAGGAAGUUUGCUGCGAGCGCAUUGGAGCCCUUACUCAACCUCACGUCGAGGGUGAUGAAAUUUUGAAAUUUUUUUGACUUGGCAGAGAUGAGGGUUAAUUUUUUCCCCCUCUAGUUCCUAGAUUUGAGUAAAGCUUUUUUGCAUGCUUCUGCAAGUUUUGUAGUUUUGGUUAAAUUGAUUUAUUGAUUAGAAUGUACAGGACAUUAGUAAGAUAAAUGUGGUGCUCUACUAUUGAGAGGACUGCUUGGCAGAAAUUUUGUGGAAUCUGCAAAAUUCCUUAAAGAAGGAAAACAUCGAUACAUUUA